AGGACGUGAUACUGGUCAGUGAGACUGUGAUUCCAGGAUCUUAACGCUGGUUUCGAUAGUUUGCGUGGGUUAAGAUCAUUUCGGCUCUUAAAUCCCACUCUGCCGUUGGCUUGCCGGCGGUGCUUUACUCUGGCUGCUUCGACUUUAGUUGCCAUCUUUCAGGCGACGGACGCCAGCUUUUUUCUCCCACCGCAGCUCAAGUUCUUCAAAAACCAAAAUACGUGGUCAUCAUGAAGUACAUCAUCAGCAUCGUGGCGUUGCUUGCCUCCAUGGUAUCUUCCCAUGCAGAGCCACCGAGAAGCAUGUCAACAAGGGAGUUCCGCAAGGCUUUCUUGGAAGGCGGGAUCGUUCCAGAUGUCCUAGGGUCCUUUGAUCCCAUUGUUUCUUUCUAUGCCGCGUAUCGGGCACACGAUGGCGACAAAGCUCUCAUCAUGCCCGACUCCAGGCUUAAGAUGAAGGAGGCCAAGUUCCCGUUCGAGUUCAGCGUCGAAAACAUGGCCAACGCACAAAACAUCACGCGGAACUCCAGGUUCAUAGUUUACAUGAUUGGACCUGACUAUCCGACACGCGAGAAUCCGACCGAUCGUAGCGUGAGACACUACCUCGCCGGCAACUUUACCGUGGAGCAGACGAAAUCGGAGGUCCUCUCUUCGGCAAUCAUCAUGAAGAACUCUACGCCCGCAUUCAGCGACUACAUAUCGCCAGAGCCCAAGGCAGGAAGCGGGGUGCACAGAUACGUUUAUCUACUCUACGUCCAGCCUGAGAAGUUCAACAAAAUGGGUUUCGACGGGGUGGGUGUGGACAAAAUGAACCGCAAGAACUUCAACGUUUCCCAAUUCCGUCAACAGGCUGGUCUCGGGCGGCCGAUUGGCGGGACCUUCUUCAUGGUGAACAUGGCUCCGAGCGGCAGCGGCAGCGGUAACGGUGGCGGCGGCGGGAACAACAACAACAACAACAACAACAAUAGUACCGGAAACAAUGGGAACGGUCGAAGCACUGCUUCAAUCGCAACUGCUGGUUCGAUUUUCAUGUUCAUCACUCUGCUUGCAACCAUGUUGGUGUGGAUGUGAGCUGUUGGGCAUUGAUGCAGGCAGGGUUCUUGACAAUAAACACAAGACGGAAAAAAAAGGGGGGAAAGGGGGACGGGGACUACAAAAGAAAUAAUCCCCAAGAAACAAUUUCCUGCAUUGUACAUCAUACGGGACGAUUAACGUGGAGUCCAAAACGUCGAUUAUCUACUGC